CCCUAUGUCAAGGAUGUAGUUUGUGUAACUCCUUCUGCAGGUUGUACCUGUGGCAUCAUGACCUUGCUGGAGAAUGAAAUGUUAGUUGGCCUUUGGAAGGUGAAUUUGAUCUGCUCCAGUUGUCUUUGUCUCUGCCUGUCUUGCUUCUUUUGAAGUUCUUGUUUUGUUUUGCAGGUAACUGGAUGGUACCAGCUGUUACCUAAGGGAGGCAGGAUGUUUUGGAUGGGAGCUUCAAGGCUUGACAUCAAUUUCAAAGGACAGAUGAAAGCAACUUUAAUGAAUUUUAGUGUCCGUAAUGUGUUGGUGGAUUGCCAAAUAGGUCUUUGAAACCACAAAAGGGCCCUUAUUCUGGAGCAGCAUGUCUUGGGCAAGAGACAGAGGCAGAAAAGGUGUCAACAAACAUGUGACUCUCCCAGGCAGCUCAACAUCUUUCCUUUUUCUGUGGCAGGAGAAGAUUGUCCCCACGCUUUCAUCCUCUCAGCAGCACAUUCCAAUGUUUCCUGUGCAGCUUUGAAACCAAGAACCAAGAGGUGUUUCCCAGAUGUACAGAAGAUCUGGGCUGGUGGUGGCGUUCUGGGAAGGUGGGCAAAGAGGAUUCUAUGUGGAACUUCCCUCCUGCUGAGGUGACUCACCCUAGCAAGCAACUUUUGCUGGUUCCAUUGCACAAUCUGCAGCCCAUAACGGCCGUGAGUCAUCAGCCAUAGAGCUGACCUGUGCCCUCACAGAUCAUAUACCUCUGUUUUUUUCAUGUGAAUGGAAAGUCAGAUGACCCAUGGGCCUGAAGAUGUGUCCCUGACAUUCUUUGUUGUGGUUAAUUUCUUGAAAUUUAGGUGGUUCCUGUGUUCUGACAUAUACAUAUCAGUGCCUGAGCUACUCAUUCUAAAUUCUUUCUGCUGAUGAUGAAGUGAAUGACCAGUGCUGGUGUGCUGCUUGACAGGCUGUUUUAGAUACCUGCAUUCACUUGAGAGGAAGGACACUGCUUACUCCUGUGUCUUUUUUCUGCUUAUGAAAGCAAUCUGGAUUAUCCACAGAGAUGUACACUUCUUCACACUGGCCAUGCAGUUAGUGGAAGGACUCACCUCCUCAGAACUUGGAUAGUCUGAUGACUUAAGCACUGGACAAAAACUCUGGACUACCUAGAUAGGCCAGGUGAAAGCCAGGCAAGUAGACAUCUGGACACAAAAGGAUCUGGCUAAAGGGGCCCUCUCCCCUGGAUUGUUUGUCUGAUGGGUCAGAGUUGUGACCACUAACCUGCUGAAUGAAAAGCUGAUGCAGGAGGAAACCAUCUGCAGAUUCAUUGAGCAAGGAAAGUUUUUGGAAGCUUGUGAUCAAAUUCAUAAUCUGGAGCAUUCUGGAAAUGAUGGUAUGGGAAAGUCUGAAUCACUUUAUGUGCUGCUGGCUGAGCGAAUGUGGACUGUAGUGGGAGAAGCAUUCCGUGGAAGUGAUAGGAUGCUCCUGGAGCCACUGCAGUCAGUGGGGGAAUCACUGAAGUGGGAGAAGCAGAAGGAAGCAGAGCGGCUUGGCAACAGCCUAGAGACGGAGUCUGGUUCCACCUGGAGCCCAAACUUCUGGAGAAAAGAUCUGGAGGAAAAGCUAAUGCAGUACAUGAUUGCCCAGAUUCCCCUGUUUGGUUCCUCUAACAUAGAUGAGACUGCACUAAAACAGCACCUGAGCCAUCUGGAAACAACAUUUCUCCCCAGCCUGGAGCACAGAAGUGAUGUCUUCAAGGAAGCAGGAUUGCUCGUCACCUAUGCCCGCUGCUGUCAUGCCUCUCUGUGUUCUCACCUUGCCACACUUACUGACAGUAACUCUUUCAGCUUCAGCCAAAUUCUUCUAAUUUAUGAAUGGAGCAUUAAAAUGUACAAAAGUGGCAGCCAGGCAUGUGUGAGACCCGGGCACAUCCCCCAGCACAGCCUUUCCCUUGGUGCACAGUGCCUCGUGUGGAUUCUUUUGAAGACUGAGGAAAAGUUACUUGCAAUUGCACGGAAGGAAGUAGGGAAAGCACUGAAAGAAGCCUUUGACAUCGGGAAACCCCCUUGUGCAGAUGCUGCAGUCAUUGAGAUAGUAACAGAGAAGACAGAGGCUGCCAGGCGAGUCAGCGAGAGCCUGAGCGAGAAGGUGGAAGCUGAGUGCUUGGAGGAGUGCCUGAGGUUCCUGGAGAGCUAUGAAGAUGAUGUAAGAAGCUUUCUCCACCUUGAUGGCUGCCCCCAGAUCUGCAGCAGCUUACAAAUCCUGGAGAAUUGCUGCCUUCUCAGAACUGUCUGGCAUAAACUAACAUACAUUUGCAGUGUCAGCACUGACCAGAACGUUAAGGUAAAUGGGUUCCUACACAGGAUGGAAGAUGAUAUUAUGGAGCAUUUUCUGCAGACCACCACUUCUAAAGUCAAGGGAACACUGAAGGCCUACUUCAAAAAGUGUGACAGUGGUUUUGACCACAUCCUUGAAUCCUUAAAGCAAAGCUUUUUGACCUUUAGGAAGAGCAAACCAGCUAUAUAUAAGGCCCUCGUGGAGGCUGUCAAUGCCAUUAUUAUUACAGAAUACAUGCAGGCCCUCCUGACCACUCCCAGGAAACCAUCUGCUAUGCAGAGGAGGAGGAUUGUCAACAAGAUAGAAGAAGAUCAUAGGAUGAUGCAAACCAUCUUUAAAGAGUGCUUAGGUCCUGCAGCUGGUUCUCUCAAGGAUCCCAUAAAAGCAAUUUUAGAACUUAUUCAAACUUCUGAUCCUGAGGGGAUGAAAAUAGCACUUCUGCCCAUUCUAAAAGAAUUUCCUGACCUCAGGAAGGAACAUCUGAGUGCAGUGCUGGACAUCAAAGAUUCGCUCAGCCGAGAAGACAGAGCUGCUCUCUUGAAGGCAUUUCAUGAUAAUUGCAGGGAAUCGGAAACAGAAACAAACUUGCUUUUUGCAGAUAUAGAAGUAAAACCUAGAAGAUAUGGACUCUGUGGCUGCCUCUGCUGUUAGCAAAGGCCUGCUGGGACAAAUAUGAGGCCUUGAUCCCCUGUGCCAGCAUCUGCAACCACAGCUCUUUGAAAGCUUCAUAUGCAGCUGGAUGCAUGGAGAAGCCUGUCAGCCAUGGAAGACAAAAUUCCUGCACUUUUGCAGGAAACCCAUGUGGCUCAAAUCCUAAUCUUAUAUGAAAAGUCGAGGAGGAAUAUGGAUAUGGUAGAAAGAUAUUUCUUCAAAAUUUCCAAGUGAUUGUCAUUCAGCUGAGUCCUGGUGGUUAUUCCCAGGAUGUGGCAAGUGUGGAGGAAGGUUUCCCCUGACUAAAUUCCUCUCUGUUUCCAUCCCUUGUUUCGUGAAAUCUCUAAUGAAACCAGGGGCUGCUGCACCACGUGGUGUCCAAGCAUUGCAACUUCCCGAAGGAUCCAAGACCUCUGUUAGGGAAUAUUGCCUGGCUGAUUGUGCUGGCAAUGCCUGCACACAAAGGUCUGGGCACCUCAGUUUACCCACCAAAACCUGACCUGCACCAGGAUGAUGCAGACAGAGCUGCCUCUUCCCUCUCUCGUGAAGUCUGUGACCUGCUUUGGGGGCAGCCUGCCAUGAUGAGGUGUGGAAUGAGGAGCUCUUCCUGUAUGAGUUUUACAUCUGGCUCAGAAGCAUAGUCUUGUAUUAAUUUUUAUACCUCAGUUACUGGAAAUUUCCUCUUGGAGAGGGAGGGGAAGCCUCAUGUGAAGCAGGCAGUAAAAGGAGCUGUUUGUCCCAGACUCUGGGCAAAGACUCUGCUAGUUUUCAGAUGUAAAUAGUUAGUUCCAAAGGAAAACCACUUACUUUUCUUCCUGGCUAUCUAAGGACUGGUCACAGCACCCAAGCUGAAUGUGGUUCAAGGCUCUCCUUUGUUAUUGUGUGAAUAUAGGCCAUUACUGCUCCUCUCUGACACCAUAACCAAGCAAAAAACUCUACCUCAGACAUGCCAGUGCUCCUCUGAGCAGCUGUUCCCCCUCAAGUCUGCUUCCCUGGCAAGAAGAGGGAAAACUUGUGCAUAACCUGUCAAUGAGUGUAGCAACAGACAUGUCAUGCCCUGGUGCCCUGAGAAAUGCAGACCCAGCUGGGUGCUGCCACUUUUUGCAGUGCUGUGUCAUCACCCCAGAGACACAGGUGCCCUAUCCCAAAGCCCUGCAUGCAGAUGGGGUCCUGUGAUCUGGAAGGGAGCCAGGACAGGCUUGUAAUUGUCAUUAGCUUUGUUCCUGGUGCAGUGCUGAGCAUGGGAUGAGUGUCAGAGGAGAAGGAAGAAACAGGUUGUGCCAUCUCCAGGGAGUCCUCUGUGUGCUUUCAGUGCACCAGGAGACCUUGGCACUGUUACACUUCAUCCCUCAAGCCAAUGAAGGGCAGUGAGAGCAUUCCAUGGCCUGCCUACCCUUCCUGACUGCAUGGCUGCUCAAAAGGCCAGUGCUGGUGUCCCUAACAUUUCAUAGCUGUCCAUUGUGGCUCCAGUGAGACCUUCCCUGGGAGGUGGGAAGGCUGGAGAAUCUGGGGGAGCUGCAACCUGGCUGAGUGGGCAUGGUUUGGGCUUCCAGGGCUGUAGGAAUACCUGCCUUCUGAAGGUUGCCAGCCCUGCCAGGAACUCUGGGCCAGUCACCCUUCCCUCCUGCUGAAUUGCACAUUUUUUCAAGGGUGGGAAGGGAUGUCAGACCUGGAUGGCAGACUCUAUUGUGACAGCAGUGUCAGGGUCAGCCUCUGCCAAUGGGGAUUUCAAGCAACAAGCCUUCCUGAGAAAAUAAACGAAACCCUCUAUGACAUUUCCAUCACUGUUGGGCAAAAAAUAAUCCUUCAGCAUGCGGACAGCUCUGGCCAUGCAGAUAUUGAUAUCUAUGUGUGUCUGUGCCAUUUGACAUCUGCAGCCAGACAAGGGCGUGUUCUGCUUGGAAACAGCAGCUGGGAGCCCUGA